AUGGCGCCGUUCCGCAACUUCUUGUCCAGAAAGUCCACUGCCCCCAAUGGCGGGGAAGUCAGUGCCGCUCCCACCGAUAACUCUGCUAGCCAUGCCUCACUCGACACUCAAGGCUCGAGUCCUUUGAACUUCAGGAAGAGUUCGGAAAACGAACCACCUGAAUAUAAACUCAGUGUCGUCGACGCCAAUGGAAUCUACCAUCCCCCCUCACCUCCAGAGAAACAGGGCUUCUGGCGCAAGUACCCUGGUUCCCCGAGAUCCUCGCACCAUCGCGAUCUCGUAAAUGAGAACGAACCCUUCUCGAUAUCUCGCGAGUCAUUCGAUUCGUAUCGCCGAUCAUUUGAUAUCUCCGCCCGAUCACCCGUAUGCUAUACCGAUGCGAUGCCAUCUCGAACAUCGCUCGACUCUCGAGUCUCCCAUAUAACAUCAACACCAUCUACGCUGUACUCCAACUUAAGCAAGCAACCGGAAGCCAUGGAAGAAGAGCAAUACGAAGAGGUUGCGCUCGACGACGAGGAGGUCAAACCAAAGCGGAAGAGCAUCUUCUCUCGGUUCGGUGACUUUACAAACGACUCCUCCCAGAACUCCAGUACCUCUAAAUCUUCGACUCUUGGAUUUCACAUCCCGGGCCGUAAAAGAGGCCCAAGCAAUCCGGGCUCCGAAUUAGGUACUUUCAAAGCACCGCCGGUUAAUGCGGAAUCGGAGGUGCAUGAUGCGUGA